AUGGACAGAUGCCCCGAUGAGGUGCUCGUCAAAGUCUGCUCCCGGUUGAGCUUUCAGAGCCUUGCCAAUGUGCGACUGGUCAACAAGCGGUUGGCCGAGGUCGGAGCCGAAGCCUUGGUAAAGAGAGUGCGCUUUCACUGCACCCAGGAAUCCCUCAAACGUCUGCAUGCCAUUUCUCAGCACGACGUCUUCUCCAAGUAUGUCGACACCAUCGUCUUCGAAGGCAACCUCCUCGCCAGCGUCCCCUGCAUCCACACCUACCAAGCCCACUACGAGCUCGACCAUCACCAGAGUGAGAGACCGCGAUCGCCUGGCUCAGAUGCAACUCCCCGCGAGCAGAGACUCUACGAGCGAAACAUGGCCAAGUUCAUCCGCGAAAUCGAGAAAAAGUACGAGCGCUAUUUGGACCUCUACAUCAAACAACAGAAAAUCCUUCAGUCCGCUGCCUAUGCUGACUUUAUUGCGGCGAGCAUGCUCUCUUUCCCCCGGCUGAACAAGCUUGUCCUUUCGACUAUUGGCCGCUGCAAGCACGUUCUCUCUGAAAGAUUCCUCGAGUCGUUUACUGCCGACUGUGCGAUGCCAAUCGAACAAGACACCAGUUUCACCAAAGAACAGCUGAAACAUUUGCUCUUCCCGCAAGAUCGACCGCUCACCCACCUGGCCAUGUUAGAAGUCCACGUCAUGAGCCCCAAAUUCUUCACCGGCUUCGUGGAGGCUGAUUUGAUCUGUCGCGCCUUCCAAAACCUGAAAGUGAUUGACUUGAACUUCCGCCUGGAGAAAGAUGAUAGAAUCGGGUUGGACAUUAUGACGGCGGACCGCUGCUAUGCAGACCUUACCAAGGGAUGUCUAGGAGCUGCACUCGCGACCGCGCGCUCUCUGGAACAGCUGACGAUCAACUUCGAUGACUACGGCUACUAUGGGGCGGUCACCAGCCUCGAAACCAUUCUAGGGUUCAACGCGUGGCCACACCUCACGAUGUUGAACGUGGACUGCAUGUCGACGACCGAAGAUUAUUUCUUGGGCAUGCUGAAACGCCAAUCAUCUUUGCGUGACUUGCGACUGGGCUUUAUGACUCUCGAAAAAGGUCGCUGGCCGAAUGCCACGAAGCGGAUGCGAACAGACCUGCACUUGAUGACCUUCGUCGCCAGUGGCAUUCUCGAGGAUCCGAAUCAAAUGUUCCCAAUGCAUCUUCUCGAUACUGAAGCCUACGUGGAGGAUCACCACCACUUCUCCUUAAGCGACGCCCUCGCACUCUAUGUCACCGACGAAUUUGGCAUAAGUGAUGGGGACGACUACCACCCAUUGCUCGACGAAGAUUUCACCGACGAAGAAACCCUACGGGAAGAAUACGGACCAUUCGCGGAAGCCGAUGAUGACCUUUCGGAAAUGGACUGCAGUGACUAG